AUGGGCAUAUUCUACGCAUUUGCAAAGAACAUCAACGAUGACGUUACUUGGCGCUAUGUGAUUGUCUUUGCCAGUCGCGCCGUCGCAGAUGAAUGGUGGCGCACUGUGUCCACGUCGAGCAACCCAAGUUAUGUUAGUAGCGUUCAAAGGAUCAAUCCGCAAUUCUACACCCAUAAUCCAAACAUUGCGAACAUUGCGUACUCCAUCAUUACUGCCAAUGUCGCUCCGGCAUUUUUAGGCAAGGUGUUCUUCACACUUAUUGUCGAUAGAGACGGGAGGACAUUGUCUACCAUUCCCGUGCAAAAUGUGACUGACCACGUUAGUGGUGAUUUCUUUUUCAUACGCUCGAAAGCCGAUCCUACACAAUUCUGGUACUGUCCUCCAAGCAAAUCUGGUUUAGUCGAACAGGGUACUCUUGUUUCUGCAUCGCGCCGCUACCGCACUCGAUUCCGUGUCCGGAUCACCAGAACAGGCACCACCGACCAUCGCGGUGCUAUCAUGAUCGGGUCCGACGACAUUGACAUCAUGACCCCUAGUGACCUUUCGGUCACUGUUUCCCAGUGUUAUCUUGGAUCGCAGCUGGUAAUUGCGAGUUCGGGGAAUAGGUUUAAGUUCGCAGACUUCAGUAACGGCUCGUUCAGCGUCGUUUAUAACGGCGUGGAUGAGGUGGGGCAUCUUUUCAAGUGUACUACAGGCUUCAAUGUACCAAUGUACUUUGAGAAUCCGAUGAUUUUCAGUGUACGUUUACGCAUACCCGACGUGCCCUCGCGGAUUGUAAAAGAGACCCACUGGCAUGCCCCGCAAAGGCGAGAUAAGUCUGUAGACAGAAAGGCACGCAAAGCGGAAAAGCGCAGAGCAAGAGAGGAGGAGGAAGCGCGACAGGUAGCGGAGUUGAGCGUGUACAGCGCUACCGACAAUCCAUUCCAUGACGUUAAUCUAAGUCAACAAUUCCGGUGGCACAAGAAAAAUGAAAAGGAGAGGAAGCAAGGCUUAUCUCUUGAAGAGGCGCAAAGGAGAGAUGCCAUUCGACGGCAGGAGGCGAAGGAAGAAUUAGAAAGGUUGAACAAGCGUCGCGCGGAACGAGAGGCCGAACAAAGGUUGAGAGAGGAGGAAGAAAUCCGGAUGCAGAGGCUCGCAGAGUCUGUGCAGAUGGCCGAUUGGCUAUCGAAAGAAGAAGACUUUCAGCUCGAGCAAGAGCGCAUGCGAGCGGCAAUCCGCAUCAAGGAGAAAAGGGCUAAGGCAAUUGACUUCUUGGCACUCAAUUUGCGAUAUGUGAAUCCCCCGGAUGAGGAAGAGGAAGAAGCAGACGAUGGGUUGGAAAUCGACUUGGAUGAGCCGUAUAACAUCUUCGACAGUCUCUCACCUGAACAGGUAGAGGAAUUACACGAUGACAUUGAGAAGUAUUUGAGACUAGAGCAGUCUGAAGUCAAUAUCGAGUUCUGGACGAACAUGAUGGUCAUAUGCAAAGACCAACUCGAUCGCAUCAAAGCCAACAAACGCCUCGGUGUGGAAGCAGCAGCCGCUGUUGAAGCUGAUAUCACAGCUCUCCUUCGGGGGAAAUCUUACGACCAUCUAGUUGCUCUCCAAAAGCAAGUUCAGACUAAGUUGACAAGCGGGGAACCUAUCGACGUUGACUAUUGGGAGGGAUUGCUAAAGAAACUCUUAGUCUGGAAGGCGAAGGCGAAGCUGAAAGUUCUUCAUGAGGUAGUUGUCAGGAACCGCCUCGAGCAACUUCGUAAACGCCAGAGGGACGAAGCCUUACAAGCACAAGAAGAAUUGCUUGCUGGUGUCGCCAAAUCUGCUUCUAGAGGCGAAGUCCGCAGCGUCAUACCAGUACUUGAUGGUGCCCAGCGAGAGGCUGAGGCUGCUGGGGAGAUGGAGGAGUACGACAGGUCUAUGAGUCCAGAGUUGCUUGACAUCCGGAAGUUACCCUAUGACGAGCGUGACAUAGAUAUCGUUACUAUGAAAGAGGAUCUUCGUGCUCUUAUGGAACAACGACGUGCGGUCACUGCCUCGCGCUUCGUUCCUAAAACUACCCAGACUCCGGUGGAGGUUCCUGUUGCAGAAACUCCAAUUGGUAUCGAUCUUGCAUCUGAGGCUUUGUAUCGUGCCGAGGCUGAGAGGGAGCUUGAUGAGGAAGAGGAGCUGUUCAAUAUCGAAGAGAACAUCGCUCAUCCAACGUCCUAUAAUUGGGAAGAUAAAUAUCGGCCACGGAAGCCCAGGUACUUUAACCGUGUCCAUACCGGCUAUGAAUGGAACAAGUACAAUCAAACUCAUUACGACACCGACAAUCCUCCUCCAAAGGUUGUACAAGGAUACAAGUUCAACAUAUUCUACCCUGAUCUCAUUGACAAAUCCAAGGCUCCGACCUACAAGAUCGUCAAGGAGCCGGGAAAUGAUGAUACCGUCUUGCUUCACUUCAGCGCCGGACCACCAUACGAAGACAUCGCCUUUAGGAUUGUUAACAGAGAGUGGGAAUUCUCCCACAAACGGGGUUUCCGUAGUAGCUUUGAUAGAGGAUGUCUGUCCCUGUGGUUUAACUUCCGUCGUAAUUUCUACCGGAAGUGA